GCGUGAGCGGCGGCACUCUUUGGAGCUGCACCCGCAGCGGAUCGUCUGACGGCGACGGGAAGGCGAUGGCGACAUUGCCAUCGAGCAGAAGCAAUUCGAUGACAAGAGUGAGACCAAGCCGCCUGACAGAGAUGGAGGGCGAGAGCGGUGGAACCGGUGGGGAUGACGACUGGAUGACGGCACUGCUGCCGGAUCGCUGGCGGCACGUGGUGGGCAUCACUCUGGUGGCGCUCUCGGCCUUUGUCUUCUCGGUCAUGUCGCUGUUGGUCAAGGUCGUGGGCUCGUCGCUCUCGUCGUUUAACCUAGUGUUCAUUCGGGCAAUGGUGCAACUCGUUCUGGCGAUUUUCUAUCUGUGGUACCAUGCCAUUUCGCCGUACAAGGCCGAGUGGCCACUCAAGCGCAAGAUCGUGCUGGUCAUGCGCGGCGUCUUUGGCAUCUCGGGCGUUUCGGCCAUCUACUUUGCCAUGCAAUACCUUCCUCUGGGUGACUCGCAGGCGCUGUUCUUCUCGUCAGCGGUCUUUGCCGGCGUGGCGGCGCGGAUUGUGCUAGGCGAGCGGUUUACGGCGCUCGACCUGGCCAUCUCGCUGGUGGCCAUGGUCGGCGUGGUGUGUGUGGCCCAGCCGGUAGCCAUCUUUGGCUCGUCGUCGGGCGCGGCGAGCGAUGCGUCGGUCACCUCUGGCCAGCGGUGGCUUGCGAUCGGCCUGGCGCUCUUUGGCGCGUGGUGCUCGGCCGGCUCGUACGUGUGUAUCCGGAUUGUGGGCAAGUCGGCCAACUACCAGAUCCUCACCUUUUACAUGGCCGUUGUGGGCGUGAUCGUCCCGCCGCUCAUCGCGCUUGGCCAAGGCGAGCUGCGCGCACCGCAUGGUGCCAGCGAGUGGCUCGGCUCUAUUGGCAUUGGCAUUUGCGGCUUUACCGGCCAGUCACUCAUCAAUCUGGGCGUCCAGAGCACUGCUGCCGGCACGGCCUCGGUCAUCCGACUGCUCGAUGUCGUCUUUGCCUUUAUCUGGCAGAUCAUCAUCCUCCACGACCGCCCGCUCCCGUGGUCCAUCGUCGGCGCCAUUAUCAUUAUGUGCUCUAUCACCGCCAAGACCUGGAUCAAGCUCCGCCAGAGCCCGCCCGGACCGCUGCCUGACGUCCCGGCCACCUACAUCCGCCUUGUGGAGAACCUCUCGUCAACCUCGGACUUUUCCGACGACAUUGAGCUUGCUCUCCUCCGCGCCUCACUCUCACCGUCUGCAGCCAACGACAUGCAGUUGCCAUCAAGCGAAGAGUAGUCCCUCUUCCAAAGCCUUCAGUGCCUCUGCGGAGUUAGUACACACGAGUCAUCGG